CUCACCACUCACCACUCAGUUUUGAGCGACUCUCUAUCGCGACUCGAUCGUGACUCACACUAGAGCCUGCAGCAUGGCUCAUCGCGUACUUGCGCACGUGGCGCAGCUCCCUGACGCCCGCGCCUCUCGGGCGCUGUGACGACGACGCGCCCUUCUGCCUGCAUGCUCGUUCACCUCGUAUGGGCGCAUGACCGAGUUGCGCAAAAGCAGCUUGCAGAUCGAUGGUGCGCGCAUGCGACGCCCGCGCCCGGUUCAGCAAGAUAGCAAACCACUAGCUGUGACUGAGCACCACAUCAUCACGUCGUAUCGGCAUCCUUCCUCACCAACAUCCUGACCCAACACAAUCGAAAAUAGCGAAUCUGAUUUUGGACUUCAAGAUCUGAUCCGCUCAGGCAAGCUCGGGAGCUGAGUCGACACGGGUGUUGCUGCGAUGCGGUCUCGCGCCACUCAUCCUCGAGCGCUGCUCAGGCUGGUCGCCAGUUCCCACAGCACCGGCAAUAAUGGACGGCAAGCGGCAACUCAAACCCUCGCAGCGGGCAGGCGCUCAUCGAUCUUGCACUCUACGCAGCGCGCUGCUGCCUCAUCCUCUUCACGGCCCGUCAACUCUUUCAUAUCCCCCAACGGCGCUGCGACUUGCUCUUCCAGCAGUGUUUCUCAGUUCAGGGCCUACGUUGCGCCGUCUACAGCUCAUACUCGUAGAAGAGCCUCCAUUGCCAAGCGUCGAGCUUCUCGCAGCUCAUCUGACGGCAAUGGCGAGGCAUCGGCAAAGGGCUCUGCCGACUUGCUCAGUGCUAAGCGCCGUUCUGCUCUCGAUCGUGCGCUGACCAAACUCAAUCGAGGGCACGCACCCGCUCGACCGCCACCCACUACGAGUGAAGAAGUGGGGAUGCAAACCUUCUUCUCGACUUAUAGACCACUUUUGGAGCAUGCAGUGAGAACAUCGUGGUCUGCGGGAAGCGAUGGCGGGACUGUGCAAGGCAGCUUUGGGGCGCUUUCAUCAGAGAUGGAUUUCCCGCCCAAGGAAGUCCAAGAGCUUGUCUCCAAUGUGGUUGCAAAGCACGGCGAUCGUUUGCGAGGAGGGACGCUCAUCGCGGUAGUCACCGACGUCUCCGAAAUGCCGUCAGGUCCAUCCAUAUGGCCCAAUGCUCUUCGAAACGUCACCCCAUCUCGCUUUUCUAGGCUACUCGACUCUCUCUCCGAAUCCCCAUCGUCAUCGUCCCCCAUCUCCCAAACCUCUCUGAAGGUCGUCAUGGAACGUCACAAAAUGGCAGAAGAACUUCGCAGAGAGAAGGAGUGCGCCGAGGCUGUUGCGAAUGCGGUGGAGCGGGGAGAGGACCCGACGGUAGCUAGGGCGCUGGGAGGCGAGGCGGACACAGUCAUCUUGGGGGAGCCCAGCGGUCCCCAGGCAGACUGGUCCCCUGGUGUUGCUAGCUUUAUGGCAAAACACCUGCGAGCUUUUGAGCCGCCGUCUGCGCCAGAUGCUCGUGGCCGCCUACUGUCGGCGCCCCAGACUGCCGGAUCUUCUAUGCCCCACUUUGGACGGAGCGGUGUCAUCACGCUCGGGGAAGGCGAGGAGUUUGAUGAUGAGGAUGUAGCAGAUCGCCUCUCAUCUAUGUUUACGGACGCCAUGAACGGUAUCGAUGGUGCGAGCUUCGGCGGAAAUGUGCACGGCCUGCCGCCCAGCAACGUGGAGGAGGAUGCACCCAACCUUCUCUUGUCCCAUGCAAUGGUCCAAGCGGCCCUUCCAAACUCGCUUGCAUGGGAUAGAUUGGUCGGUCAGAUGGAUGCUGCUGCGCUGGACGACGCCAGCAUUGCGAGAGGGGGCGUAAACCCUUCCUUGCUGAAUGCGGAUCCUUUGCCGCCCGACCACGAGCUGCACGUCUCUCUGGACAGUGUGAGGCGGAAACGGAAGAAGAAGAUGAGAAAGCACAAAUACAAGAAGCUGCGUAAACGCACGCGCAUUCAGCGCCAACAACAGAAGUAGAACACAAGGCGCCCUACAAUGCAAUACAAUCAUCUGUCAAAUCAAGGUAGAGCUUGAACAUGCAUGUUGUAUCAAACUUGUCUUCAGGAGGUAGACCAGCAAGGCGAUCAGAAACAGCCGGGAAAGGUAGGACCUUUUUAGGAUGGCGAUGCUUGGUGAGAACACAACAUGUCAAGGCUCUUGCGACUGGUUGUAGCGCUCCAUUUCCGACUUGGGCAUGUAUGCAAGACGUGUACCUGCCCAGUAUGCAAGUGCGGUCCCACCGCCCGCUAUGCCCACAGCGCUGUUCGAAUCGGGACCUCAGCGUCAGAGGUGAAGGCCUGUCUCGCAUGCGUCGUCUUGCAUACAGCGCAGCG